UCUCUCUAAAGCCUGACCGAUAGAGACAGAGAAAGAAAGGGGGGGAGAAAACACCGAUUAUUAUUCUCAACCGUGUUGGAUCUUUAUGAACCACGGAGCCGAUUUAAACCGGACACACCGAGCAGACCAGGCCGAGAAAAAAUAACCACGUCAAGGCUGCUUCUUUUGGACCUACAAUAGCGACAAAAAAGGCGUGUUUUUCUUUAAUAAUGACGGGACUUUGCCGUUAAUGUGCCUCUGUAGGUCAGCUAUCGAAAAGCAGCUUUGCUGAAACAGCCUCAUCUUCACGGCGGAUAUCUCCUUUUUUUCUCUUUUUUUUUAAAAUGAGGAUUUGCAAGAUGGCUGAUGACAGCUACCCCUAACAAGGACAGAAAAAGCGACGUCCCCUUUAAGAUUAGGAGGGUAUAUUUUUGUAUUUCUGCUGAGUUAAAUCCAUAAAAUAUGGCUGCUUUAAAAAAAUAAUGACCACAGCUUGUAAUGGCCGUGUUAAUGUAGUGUUUAUCUGUACCUGUGCUAUGGUAGAAAAUGGUGAGGUGACGUCUGAGGUAAUUUACACGAUUUAAUCGAGAUAAGGAAGUAGAAAAAUAUGUUGUUGGCUAAAGGCUGAGGCGACGAUAGGUGAAUAAGGUGGAGACCAAAGUGAAAAGAGGAUAAAAGCUGGAUAAAAUAAUCCUAAUCUGUGGGUGAGGAGAUAUUUGAUAGAUGUGUCGGAGGGGGGAAAGCAAAAGGCUCUGCAACAGCAGCCAACAUUCCUGCGGAUCCUAAAACCCUUUGUUUUGUGCGCAGGAGCUGGACUCGACUAUUAAAACGAUUAACUAUGCAGUAAACAGGCUCGAAAUGAUGGCCCGGGUAUGAUUUUCUUUUUAAUGAGAUUAUAAGGCCUUUGUUGUCGACAGAAACCUGGUAGAAAAAGCCGAGGCCUUGUGUACAGAUAUGCGAGCUGUGCCACAUAGCAGGCGUAAUUCAUCAAAUAGAAAUGUCGCUUUUAUGUUAAAUUGAAGGGCUGGGGGUAGCUGUGUUGUUAAUCUGACUUGUAAAACAGUAUUUCUUGUCUACUGCCAAACCCUCGCUGGUUGUAUGUAUAAUUAAAUUGCAGGUGAAGGCUCCUCGGAUACUUAUUUAUGAUUCAGCGGACAAAAGCAUUGCGCUGCGUUGUGAUUAUUGACGGAUUCAAGCGUCCUUGAGGGUCCAGAUAAAACAGAUUCAGGUUUUUUAAAAAGCUCUCUUUGUGUGAAUAGUAAUCAGGGUGUGGACUGGACUGGAGCAGUCCUUUCUCAUGGUUUUCAUGCUUCGUUUGUUGGUCUGAAUUGGUCCACAGUCGAUCAUAAUCCGACGUUGAAGUGAAGGAAGCUCUCAAGGUAAGGGCCUGAGCAGGCAGCAGGAAAGGGAUCAAGUGUCUUUUCAUGUGCUACACAGAGAUUGAUUCACCUCAUGGUCAUAUAAGUGUAGAUAUUUAGUUCUCUGUGCCUUGUUUGCAUUUCAUGGUUUACCUGUAGCUGACAGGCUUUUAGCUUCCUGUAGGCCUAUAAACACACAGAGGGCAGGCCCAGUGUAUGUAUGUGUGUGUGUGAGUGAUUUAGAGGAAAGGAAAGCACCGUUUACUGUAAUCUGCAUAACGUCAGCCCCUGCUGUGUGUGUUGAAAUCACCAAGGUGUUGUCAUCCUUGCCUGAAGCCUUCUCUGGUCAAUUUUUCUGGAAUUUGCCUUCAUGCUGCAGCAAUAAGCAAUACUCGUCAUCUGUCAGGGAGUCUCGUUUAAUUUGGUCUCAAGGGUUGAAAUACACGGACUGAUCUUUCAGGACGGCAUCGGGUCUGUUUUUAUCUUUUUCUCAAGACUCGUUUUGAGAGUGUCAGGUUUCCUGUAAAGAUAGAGAGGCCUAAAGGUCUGGUACAAGUGGGAAACAGUUAGUGUAUGCCUGCCCGCACCAUGAUGGCCUCUGACAUGGCUGAGACGUGGAGGAACUGUUUUGAGGAGGAGCUCAUCUGCCCCAUCUGCCUGCACGUGUUCUCAGAUCCCAUCCAGCUGCCCUGCAAGCACAACUUCUGCCGGGGCUGCAUCAGCGAGGCCUGGGCCAAAGACUCCUCGCUGGCCCGCUGCCCUGAGUGCAAUCAUGCUUACACGCAGAAGCCCAGCUUGGAGAAGAACCACAAACUGUCCAACAUAGUCGAAAAGUACAACGCCCUGAGUGUGGAGAAGGUCUCCACGCCGGCGCUGCAGUGCAUCCUGUGCCGCCGAGGGCCGCCACUCCCCGCAGUGAAGGUUUGCCUGCGCUGCAACGCCCCGUGCUGCCAGUCCCACGUCCAGACACACCUGCAGCAGCCGUGCUCAGCCCUGGGGCACCUGUUGGUGGAGGCGGAGGCGGUGAAGGCCUGGACCUGCUUGCAGCAUGACGAGUACAGGCUGUACCACUGCGAGGCCGAGCAGACAGCGGUGUGCCAGUACUGCUGCUUUGCCCGCUGCCACCCCAGCCACGGCCACGCCGUCACCGACGUGGAGCUGAGACGCAACGACAUCAGACAAAGCCUGUUGAGACAGCAGGAGCGCGUAGAGGAGCGAGUGCAGGAGAUCGAAGAGCAGCUCUGCAAACUGGACUCUGACAAGUGUGUGGUGGAGGACAGGGUGUGUGAGCUGAAGGAGGAGGUGCGACUGCAGUACCAGCGGAUGCACCAGCUCCUGGAGGAGGAUCUCGGUCGGACACUGGAGGCUCUGGACCGGGCUCAGGCUCGGUUCUGCCAGGAGAACGCCGCCCAGGUUUUAGCCCUGGGCGAGCAGCGCCACGAGGCCCAGAAGCUGCUGAGCUCCAUCCACACAGCCUUCAGCAAGGCCGAGGAACUGAGCUUCAUGAAGAACACCAAGCCUGUUAAAAUCCUCACAGACAGGUCUCAGGCGUGUGUGGGCAGCAGUCUCCCUCCAUACAAAGUGGGGAAUCUAAACUCUAAACUGUUCCUCUCUGAAAUCUCUAAAAGAGAGAAGAGCUUGAAGAGAACGCUGGAAGCUCCCCUCACCCCUCCCUCCACCUUCCUGCAGUCCGUUCCUGCGUAUCCCAGCGGUCAGAGCUCCGGCUCUGGAGCAGAGAAACGGAAACAUUCCACUGCCUUCCCAGAGGGGAACGGGAACGUUGGAAAAACUGCCGCUCCGGGUUUCAAGGACUCCUCCUCCUCCUCCUCUUCUUCUUCAUCUUCUUCCUCAUCGUUAGCCAAACAGCCCUACCUGGGCUCCAGCUCUGCCUCCGGUGAAGGUCAGUCCACCAAUCAGCAGCCUCUCGGCCCCUGCGGCCCGCCGCACAUCAGCGAGAGCGGCGGGACGGGAAGCGGGAGCGGCUCUCUGACCAACCACCAUUCAGGCUCCGUGUUCGGCUCCUCGCACUUUCCUCCCGGAGGCAGCAGCUCCUCGCACUCCUCCCAGCAGGCCGUGCUGCCGCAGUACGGCGGGCGGAAGAUCCUGGUGUGCACGAUGGAUAACUGCUACUGCUCUGGCGUGCCCUCGGUGUCGGGCCACCGCAGCCAUCCCCCGUACCCGCGCUCUGGCUCCUUCCCCUGGGUCAGUGCCCAGGACUACCCCCCUCCUCCCGGCCUGGCCUCUGGAGGUCCGUCCAUGCAGGGCCUGGCAGUGAGGGACUGGAUAGACGCCUCGCAGACACACAGACAUGCAGAUUUUUACGGGCUGUAUGGUCAGCCCUCUACAAAGCACUACGUCACCAGUUAACAGAGUAGACACACACACACACACACACACACACACACACACACACACACUUGGAUAUAGAGACAGGCACUAAAAUAGCACACCUUUACCGUCUUAUUAACCGGAAAAAAAACACAGUUAUACUCUACACACGUUACAAUAUUUAGACUUAUAUCCACACACAGACACACACACACACACAGAUUUAGAGAACAUACACACAUUCGGGGGCAGGGUUGAUCUCUUUGUGUUUUGAUUUCCUUCUUUUCUUUAUUUUCAGUCAGUGUUUCAUGUAGUGUAUUAUACGUAAAAUGCAAGCCAACGCUCUCACUCUGGCACAACUUAGCUCAGCAUUUUACACAUAAACAAGAAACAAAGAGAGGCCUAAGAAGAGGAUCGUUGUCUUUUUCUUUUUUUAUUUAUAGAGCAGCAGGAGAUGGAUUGAUAGAAAACGAACCUUUAUUAGAAAACGCCUCCUCAUGGCUUCUCACUGACGCUAAAGGGAAAAGAGAUGAAAACCGUGCAGUGUUGAGCUUUCCAGUUUAGCGCCUCAUGUUUCUCUGAUAUAAUCACCCCUCUAGUUGUACUGAGGUCGAUUGCCUUAUGUUAUUAGCAUCAGAUUUUUCUCUGCCCAGCUCACUUUGUUUGGUAGAUCCUUACUUAAAAGAGGGACUGCGGUCCCUUUUUGUGUCUCAUUUUCAUCCGUCAUGGCACUUCUUCCUUUCUUUGCUGAGUUCAGGGAUGGAUCGUACGGCUUGAACACAAAACGCUCUUCCAUGGAACACCCACAAUGCACUUGUGGACGCCUUGUUAUGCCUGGACUACAGAUGCUAAACCCACGGAGGGACUCUAGAGCGGCAUCUGAAGGGCCAGUUGACCCCUGGCCUGAAGAGUUUUUGGGGAAUUUAUCUCUUAUUCCUCGCACUCCCUUCCUGCUUUCAGGCUUCCCACAGGACAGAAAAAUCUUCUUCUGACAAAGACUGUUUCCAUUUAGUAAUUACUAUGACUUUGUGUUAUUUGGUACAUCUGUAGGUGUCAUGCUUGUCUCGAGAGACUCUUUGAUUUUAGAGAAAAAGGCAAGACUGGACAGACCAAACCAAUCAAGCAUCUGGAGGAUCUGAUGAUGCUGUAAUUGUACUUCCUGCAGGGCAAAGAUGUCACUUCCUCUCAAAAAGCACACAAGCUCUUGGCUUCCUGUUUGCAGCUGAAAGCAUGCAAGGAAGAAGGUUUUUUUUUAAAGCACUCAAAAGAAGAACAAUGGGGAGGGGGGGAAAUGUAUGCAGUUUUAAAAUGAGUGUAUGGAAGAAAAGAAGGGUGGGAGGAAUUUUUUUCAUGAACUUUUUCUAAAAGAACAAGACUGGGACUGCGAAGAUGUAAGCAAUUGUCAUCAUCCUAAAAAGGAGCUGUUUCAACAGUCAGCAUAAAGAGAAAAAAAAAAACAACGACAUAAAAGUAUCUUUUUUUGUAAAUAUUUUGUGAAAUGGAAAAAUUACAGACGUGAUUUGGAGAAGGGUUCCAAAUAAACGAACAAAUUUAAACCAGU